GGCGAUGGACAGAGCAAAGCCCGUGCCUGGAACCGAACCUCCGAGGUGCCGGCCAAGGAGGAUUGCGAGGAGGUCCUAGCCGGUUCCGGUCGCGACUUCGACCUCGUGGCCGCGGGGGACCGCGCCGAUCUCCAGGCGAGGGACGUGGAGGAGAAAAAGCGUGGCUGGUUCUACCGUCAGCGAGUCUCGAACUCAGGCAUUGCAGAUGCAUCUGCUGCAUGGGUCCUGCCCUUCUUGUCUGUGUGGAAGGAGGUGCCAUGCCGGGCGUUCGCGCGCCGCAACAUGCGGCCACAGCCUGUGCCUCUGGUGGUGAGCGUAGAGGAUGUGGCUCCCGGUGGGAAGCCCGCGAUGACGCGGAGAGACCCCCAGCGCGACUGGUCCCAGGGCUAUCCGCCCCCGAAGCCUCGGAAGGGAGGCUUCGACAUGAAAAUCCGAAGCCCCGUCGGCGGGGCGGUGCCGCGAUUGAACUCGCUUCUGGUGCCCGGUGAGGGUUCCAUCAACUCGCCCUACGACGACCCGAACAGUCCGCUGCCUUUCGAGCCCAUCGAAAAGGACCAGCCCAUGAAGCCCUGGAAGGUGCUUCGCAGCCACAACGGCAACCUGCCCGUGUACACCCGGUACCGCAAAGCGGGGAGCGAGGUGCUCACCGUCGUGCAGCAUUUCUUCGGUGACAUCGAGGCGAUGCGCAAGGAGCUGAUGCAG